GCGGGAUGCGGCGGCGCGCGGGCCCGUGGUGGCUGCUGCUCUGGGCGCCGCUGGCCGCGGGCUUGGGGCGCGCGAAGGAGGCGCGCGGGGCGCCGCUGGCAGUUCCAGGGUGCAGAGCUUUGAAGGAAAUGGAUUUAAUUAAAAAUUCGGAGUCAGACUGUUACUGCUACCAUCAAAAAACCCAGAUCGAGUGGAAAUACAUAUGGUCAACGGUGCAGGUGAGGCUCACCAGUGCAGACCUGCUCAGUGUCGCGUAUAUCACAGAGAGACACAACUGCCAGGACCCAGAGACCGUCCUUUCUCUGAUCAAGUGUGCGAUCCACGCGUUCUGGACCCCGAGCGAGUCGCAUGAAAUAUCCGUGAGCAUCCGCCCACACGGCGAGACGGUGUGCUUCUCUGUGAAGCCGGCCGGGAGGCACACGGUGCAGGUGACUCGCAGGGUUGUGGAUUUCGGGCUCGUCCUCCUGUUCGUGGCCGGCACUGUCCUCUUCCGCCUGGCGGCGCGCUUGAGCCAGAGCCCCGCUUUCUAUUACUCCCUGGGGACGGCGCUCGGCGUCCUGAUGGCACCGGUCUUCCUGCUGCUGCUGGUGAGAAGGUGCAUUCGUAAGUGCAGCAGCUUUGGGGCUGUGAUGGUUGCUUGUUGGCUUGCUUCAGUGUAUGUGGUGUGCCAGUGGAUGGAGAACCUGCCAUGGCUGUGGGGUGAGCACAGGAUGUAUGUCGUAGGCUACGUCUUGACAGUUGGGUGUCUCAGCUUUGCUGCCUGUUACAGACGCGGGCCCCUGGUCAAGGAGAGGAGCCAGCGCCUCCUGGCAUGGACGCUGCGGCUCCUGGCCCUGGCCCUGACCUGCGGCGGCGCCCCCAUGCCCCAGGUCGCGUGGACCACCGUCGGCCUCAUGCUGCUGCCCUGGGGUCUGCACUACCCACUGAGAGCCCUCAGGAACGCGAGGAAGUGGCUGAGGUCCCGAAGGCUGGCGGUCAAGUACCUGACUGAGGAGCAGUACCGGGAGCAAGCUGCCGCCGAGACCACCCGGGCCCUGGAGGAGCUGCGCCAGGCCUGCCGCCGGCCCGACUUCCCGUCCUGGCUGGUCAUGUCCAGGCUCCACGCGCCGAAAAAGUAA